ACAUAGGAGACGGUCACUGACAUUUCGACAGACACGCUUCACCCUCACUACACAGUGGAAACAACCGCGACUGACAGCUGACACGUGGGCGGGGACUAUCGUUGCAGGGGGGGCCUCACGUGAUCCUCUCCGUGAGUGGGCGUGGCUUCCGUUAGAGGAAGCGACGGCUAGAGCAACAGAGGGCGGGGCCGCUGAGGCUGCUGUGUGGAAAGCAGGUGAUGGUUCCUGGAGCCGAGCACAGCGUUACUGUACUGGGAUUGCCAGGGACUGGAGCUAGUGUGACGGCCAUGGAGUGACACGCCUGCGCCUAUUAUUCUUGUCACAGGAAUCAUCAUGGGGGCCAAGGAGUCCCGGAUCGGUUUUCUCACGUAUGAUGAAGCCGUCAAAAGAGUGACGGAUGUAGAAUUGAAGAGGCUGAGAGAUGCUUUUAAACGAACGUGUGGUGGUCCUUCUUAUUACAUGAGCCAACAAUGCUUCAUCAGGGAAGUGUUAGGAGACGGAGUUCCUCCAAAAGUUGCAGAGGUCAUUUACUGCUCUUUUGGUGGGACCUCGAAAGGCUUACACUUCAAUAACUUGAUAGUGGGACUUGUUCUUCUGACAAGAGGUCGAGAUGAAGAGAAGGCUAAGUAUAUUUUUAGCCUUUUUUCCAAUGAGUCGGGUAGCUGUGUUGUUCGAGAGGAUAUGGAGAGUAUGCUCUCUGUUGUAGAUGGAGAAGUCCCGCUGUCCUUGAAGAAAUGCUUUGCUGAGGGGGAAAAGGUGAACUAUGAAAAAUUUCGAAAUUGGCUGCUUCAAAAUAAAGACGCAUUUACGUUUUCUCGGUGGUUAUUGUCUGGAGGAGUCUUUGUAACACUCACGGAUGACAGCGACACUCCUACUUUCUAUCAGACUUUGGCUGGGGUCACACAUUUGGAAGAAUCCGACAUCAUUGAUCUGGAAAAAAGAUAUUGGUUAUUAAAGGCUCAGUCAAGGACCGGCCGCUUUGACCUGGAAACCUUUGUUCCUUUGAUUUCUCCACCAAUUCAUCAGUCCUUGAGUGAAGGGUUGUUUAAUGCAUUUGAUGAAAACCGUGACAACCACAUAGACUUCAAGGAAAUUUCAUGUGGUUUAUCUGCUUGCUGCAGGGGACCACUAGCUGAGAGACAAAAAUUUUGUUUCAAGGUAUUUGACAUAGACCGUGAUGGUGUUUUGUCUCGUACUGAACUGGAAGAGAUGGUUCUUGCACUGCUAGAGGUCUGGAAGGAUAACCGCACUGAUGCCAUACCUGAAUUACACUUGAAUCUCUCUGAUAUCAUAGACAAUAUAUUAAAAACUCAUGACACAACAAAGAGUGGGCAUCUCACCCUGGAAGAUUAUCAGAUAUGGAGCGUUAAAAGUGCUCUUGCCAAUGAGUUUUUAAACCUUCUUUUCCAGGUUUGCCACAUAGUUUUGGGUUUAAGACCAGCCACCCCAGAAGAAGAAGGGCAGAUCAUCAGGGGAUGGUUGGAAAGAGAGGGUCGACAUGGACUUCAAUUUGGGCACAACUGGUUUCUUAUAUCUAUGCAGUGGUGGCAGCAGUGGAAGGAAUAUGUGAAAUAUGAAUCUAAACCUGUUGUAAUUGAGCCUUCUCCUUCAUUAAAUGGCAGCCGGUACUCACUUGGGGCAUCUUCAUUGGAUCAAAGGGAAGAUGACAGGACAGGCACUAAUGUACAUAGCACUACAGAAGAAAAAUCUUCCGAUAACAUAUCUUCUGCAUCGGAAGCGUCAGAGUCAACAACCAGCACUUUCCUUUACUCCAGCACGCCAGGUGCAGACAUUUGCUUUGCACGCCAGCAUAACACUUCAGAUAACAAUAACCAGUGUUUGAGUGGUUCCAAUGGUAGCAUAUUAAUGCAGCUUAACCCACAGAAACCUGGAGCCAUUGACAACCAACCACUGAUAACGCAAGAGAAUGUAAAGGUACCCUCCUUAACACUGGAAGGAGGACGCUUAAAACAAAGUCCAUCUCUGCUUCGUGGGAAAGAUUAUGAAAUUGUCCCAGAGCCAGUGUGGCGAGCACUUUAUCACUGGUAUGGAGCAAACUUGUCCUUACCUCGACCAGUCAUCAAAAACAGCAAAACAAACCUUCCAGAACUGGAACUCUUUCCACGCUAUCUGCUUUUCCUGAGACAACAGCCUGUGACUCGCCAACAGCAGUCUAACAUCUGGGUGAAUAUGGGUAUGAUGAGCCUGAGAAUGUUUCCUCAGCAUUUACCCAGAGGAAAUGUUCCAUCUCCAAAUGCACCUUUGAAAAGAGUCUUAGCAUAUACUGGGUGCUUCAGCCGAAUGCAGACAAUAAAAGAAAUCCAUGAGUAUCUUUCUCAGCGUUUGCGCAUAAAAGAAGAAGAUAUGCGUUUGUGGUUAUAUAAUAGUGAGAACUAUCUAACUCUGUUAGAUGAUGAAGACCAUAGACUGGAAUAUCUCAAAAUCCAGGAUGAGCAGCAUUUGGUAAUAGAAGUUCGAAACAAAGAUAUGAGUUGGCCAGAAGAAAUGUCAUUCAUUGCAAACAGCAGUAAAAUUGAUAGGCAUAAGGUUCCUACUGAAAAAGGAGCAACAGGACUUAGCAAUUUGGGGAACACUUGCUUCAUGAACUCCAGUAUCCAGUGUGUCAGUAACACUCAGCCUCUAACAAAGUAUUUCAUCUCAGGGAGACAUCUAUACGAGCUAAACAGAACAAACCCCAUAGGAAUGAAAGGACACAUGGCAAAGUGCUAUGGAGAUUUGGUGCAGGAGCUCUGGAGUGGUACACAAAAGAAUGUGGCUCCUCUUAAGCUAAGGUGGACAAUAGCAAAGUAUGCCCCUCGGUUCAAUGGCUUUCAGCAGCAGGACUCGCAAGAGCUGCUUGCGUUUCUUCUAGAUGGCCUCCAUGAAGAUCUCAAUAGAGUCCAUGACAAGCCAUAUGUUGAGCUCAAGGAUAGCGAUGGACGACCAGACUGGGAAGUUGCUGCAGAGGCUUGGGACAAUCACUUGCGGAGGAACCGGUCAAUAGUUGUGGACUUGUUUCAUGGACAGUUACGAUCUCAAGUCAAAUGUAAAACCUGUGGGCAUGUCAGCGUCCGAUUCGAUCCGUUUAACUUCCUUUCCCUGCCUCUGCCCAUGGACAGUUACAUGCAUUUGGAAAUCACAGUUAUUAAAUUAGAUGGCACAACACCUGUACGGUAUGGGCUACGGCUGAACAUGGAUGAGAAGUACACAGGGCUGAAGAAACAGUUAAGCGAACUUUGUGGUUUGAAGCCCGAACAGAUCCUCCUUGCCGAAGUGCAUGGAUCAAAUAUUAAGAACUUUCCCCAGGAUAACCAGAAAGUGCGGCUGUCUGUCAGUGGUUUUCUCUGUGCUUUUGAGAUACCAGUUCCUGGAUCUCCUACGUCCGCCACAAGUCCCACUCAGCAAGAUUCCAACACAGUGCCAUCAUCCAAUGGACCACAAAGUUUGAUGCCAAAUGGAGGACUGAGUCGGCCACCAGUUAUCCCCAAUGGGAUGCCAAAUACUGUAGUGCCAUGUGGGACAGAAAAGACCGUGGGGAAUGGAGUACUCAAUGGGCAUGUCUCUGUCCAUCCAGAUGGCCCUUUUAUAGGCUAUAUCAUUGCUAUUCACAGAAAAAUGAUGAGAACAGAGCUGUAUUUUUUAUCCUCUCAAAAAAAUCGCCCUAGCCUGUUUGGGAUGCCUCUAAUUGUUCCAUGCACUGUCCAUACUCGGAAGAAAGAUUUGUAUGAUGCCGUGUGGAUCCAGGUCUCAAGACUUGCAAGUCCCCUGCCUCCACAAGAAGCAAGUAACCAUGCACAAGACUGUGAUGACAGCAUGGGAUAUCAAUAUCCAUUCACACUCAGAGUGGUGCAGAAAGAUGGAAAUUCCUGUGCAUCAUGUCCAUGGUACAGGUUUUGCAGAGGCUGUAAAAUUGACUGUACAGAAGACCGUGCCUUCAUUGGUAAUGCUUACAUUGCUGUGGAUUGGGAUCCCACAGCACUACAUCUACGUUAUCAGACAUCACAAGAAAGGAUUGUGGAAGAGCAUGAGAGUGUUGAACAGAGCCGUAGAGCACAAGCAGAGCCCAUUAACCUUGAUAGUUGUCUCCGCGCCUUCACCACUGAGGAGGAGCUGGGAGAGGAUGAAAUGUAUUAUUGUUCCAAAUGUAAAACCCAUUGUUUAGCUACAAAGAAACUUGACCUUUGGAGGCUCCCUCCAAUUCUGAUUAUCCAUUUAAAGCGAUUCCAGUUUGUGAAUGGUCGAUGGAUAAAGUCUCAAAAAAUCGUCAAAUUUCCUAGAGAGAAGUUUGAUCCGAGUGCCUUUUUGGUACCUCGAGGGCCAGCACAGUACCAGAAAAGGAAACCAGGACUUCAGUGUGACGAUCACGGGGAAACUCGCUCAACGCAGGCAGACCUGAAGAAACAGGAACUGGCAAACUUUAGUCCCGCAGGAGAUGGGGAUUCGCUCAAAAUUCAGCCUGUAAUCAGUUCUUCCACUGCAAAUAAUAGCAAAGCAUCUCCGUUACAAGGAAGGAAAGCUGCUUCAAACUCUUCUAGCAAAAACUGCAGUCCCAACAAUAGCCCAAGGACCCUUGGAAGGGGCAAAGGCCGUCUACGAUUACCUCAGCUUGGAGGCAAAAAACUCUCAAGCAGUAAAGAAAACUUGGAUCAAAGCAAGGACAAUGGCUCAGAUAAUGAAGCAAAAGAGACGUUAGAUCAGGUAGAUUCUAGUAAAGGACAUAUUUUAAGUGGAAGUCAAACUGAGUUAGCUGCAAAUCCGGACUCUCAGGUGGUUUUAACCAAUGGACUGAACCAUGAGCAGGUUACAUGCAACAGUCAGCUUGAUAACCACAUAGGGGAAGAAGAGGAUAUCACUGAUGACCAAAGAGAAGAAAGCUGCUGUCAGCCUAUCUAUAACCUUUAUGCAAUUUCGUGCCAUUCAGGAAUAAUGGGUGGAGGUCACUAUGUUACUUAUGCCAAAAAUCCAAAUGAUAAAUGGUACUGCUACAAUGACAGCAGUUGUAAGGAAUUGCACCCUGAUGAAAUUGAUACAGACUCUGCCUACAUCCUGUUCUAUGAGCAGCAAGGGGUGGACUAUGCACAAUUUCUGCCAAAGAUUGACGGGAAAAAAAUGGCAGACACUAGCAGCAUGGACGAAGACUUUGAAUCAGAUUAUAAAAAGUAUUGCGUGCUGCAGUAACUUUACUAUGCUUCCAAUAUGUUCAGCUGAUUCACUGGGGGAAAGAGAAGUAUAUUGAAGGAGAGAAUAAUGUGAUGAAGAUAUUAUUCUAUCUAACCAUUUUGGUGUUGAGGUCACCAAUGCAUGUAGGGCCAUUCAACAAAAUAGACAGUAGAUAAAAUGACAUUGAUUCUUUUAAAUGUCCUUCAGUUUUUCUGUACGUUGUUUAUAUUUUAUUUAUUUUAACUGUUUUUCCGUUGUCCUCUUCAACAAUGUGCCUAGGGCAAGCAAAGUUAGCAUUUUCUUAGAUACUAAAGGUUUUCUUUUUCUGUGCAAUUAUAAAAUUACUGAAAUAUUUUAAGGAGCAUCGUAAAACACUUGGUUCACUAGGACUAAGAUGUUUCAGUUGAGUCUGGAUGUCAUUUACUGGAGCUUUGUAACUUACCUUGAUGUAAGUUCAAUCCCUGUGAGAGUUGUAUGGAAUAGCAUCCGUCUGCAGCGGAUACAUGAAAGUCUAUGUACACAGUCCAAUGUGUCAUUGCAUACAAUGUACAGGAUCUAUAUGGAAAGAAAAAACACAGAGAUGGCGCCUUGAUGGCGCCUUUACCUUUGCUAAAAAGAGCAUUAGAUAGGCAGAGGUAUUAGGAAAUGAAAUGCCUGCUCACCUUGUCAAGUUGUGCUAGUGAGCAGGCACAACUCUGGACAGCGCUUUGGGGGGAGUGCGGCGGGAAUUGCAUACAAUGUGUGAUACUUCGUACAAUUGUCUUUGAUCAAAGAAUCUUAACAUAAGUGACAUUCAAGUACAAUGCCCUUUAGGGGGUUUCUGCAUUUGCCAUCAAUGGCCACCACUCCUUUCUUUGCAACCUUCAGGCCUCCAAGUGAUAUAAUCACAUACUGUACUAUGGGAUAAUAGUUGAAAGAUGAAAAUGCAUUUUAUUAAGAUGAUCUUUUAAUAGAAGUCCUUGUAAGCUACACUAUGGCACAGUAAUUAAACAAUGUAGGGCAAAAGUCCAUACAGAUAUAUAUACACACAUAUAUAUAUAUAUAUGUAUGUAUAUACGAAAAUAUGUUUGAAAUGUGAGUCCCUUUAUCAAAACUACUCCGUUAUGAUGAGUGCAAUAAUUAUUUAUUUAUUUCUGGUAUUGAAAUACAUGUUGCAUCACAUAAGGCCAUGUGUUUGGUGUUUGUGCCAAAAGAUGAUAUUCAUUUGCUGCAAGCCAGGCCUGUCAUACAGGCUACCACACUAGCAAAUUCAAGUCCACUCUGCUAUUAAAGGCACAAAAAAAGAUUGUGCUGUCCAGCUCUUAGGAAGAUCACUCCAUCUGCGUCUUGCAUCCCCACACCACCACUACUACCACCCCUCUCAGGAGUGAUUGACAGCUAACUUCUGUGUAUCUGUUCCCACUAUGAGGUCGGACAGCUCACCUCUGCAGAAUAUACUAGGACUUUAUUGUGUCCGGUGUAUUCUCUGACUGCACUUUUAGUCAAAAUGGCCCAAAAACCUAUAUAGGAUGGCAUAAUCUGAUUACAAACUGGCUUUAUAAAACAUAAAUAGAUACGGCUUUUCUCAGCAGCAUCAUCAGAACCAUGUCAUUUUAAGCAACACCAUAUGGCUUUUGUAUUCCAUUUCUAUUUUUAUUACCCAUAGAAAAGGAAAUGAGUAAAUGUCAGUCUUUAGUGCUAAUGCUGUGUAUAAACAUCAGAACUUGGAUUUUGGCGUAGUAAAAUAUAAUAUGGUUAUCGCAGUAUAUGAUGCUAGAGACACACAAGAAGAAGAAAUUGCAGGAACCCUGCACCUAUAGACAGCGGCAUGGAUAGCACUACUUUCCUGCACCGUGUGAGUGCGUGUCUUUUUUAUUGUAAAUUAUUCUACCUAAGCACAAAUUAUUGAAAUAAGAAAAAGUAUAAAUGACAAGACUUCAGAACUUGAAGAAUUAUCCCAGAAUCCAGGUCAACUUUGUGUUUUUUAGCCAAGUCCAUUCAUUAAAGGGAGGUAUCCCAAUGUCAUAAAGGGAUGGCCUAUCGCUAGACAUGCCAUUAUUUUAUGAUUGUGGGGUGCGACCUCUGCGAUCUUCACCAGUCUUGAGAAUAAGGGAGGUGUAGCAUUGUGUCUUCCUUCAUAGUGGUUUUCCUGCACAGCGGCUCCCAGCUGUGUCAGAACUGCAGCCAGCCCCAGAUAGGCGGUGACAAUGACACACUCCUUCGAUUGGAACAGAUCCCAUAGAAAUAAACACAGUUGGCCAUGGUUUUGUGAAAUGCCCUACUGACUUCAUGAAAUCCAAUGAAAACCCAUUUGAACCUUUCUUAUAUAAAGAAAUCAAUAGGAAUUUUUUUUUUUUUUUGGAUGACCAGAUUUGUGCAGAAGGUAUAGUUUUUUGCGUUAUGGGUUUUCUUUUAUUUAUUAAGGCAGAUAGUUGUUCCCUAUCACAUACAGCAGUGUUUACCCUUUGCGGUAUAAUUCAUUCUAAGAGGUAAUAAUCUGUGCAUAUUCCACCCUCCACCACCUCCCUAUCCAUGCUACUCAUCCUGGUAAACUUAAAAAGGGACAAUUGCUCUGCUGUGACAAUAUUUACAGGGAAUUUAGAUUUUGUAGCCCAGCAAUCUGAACAUACUGCUUGCUGCAAAGCUUUAUGGUCCUUUGAGGCCAUUACAGGGAAAUUAGGGUAGCUAUGCCCAUCUUGUAUCAUACUGGGAAAUGUAAAAAUGUGAUAUUAGGGUGCACCUCCCUUUUCCAGGUAAAUUGUAAUGAAAAGUUUUGAUCCUAGUGAAAACCUUCUAAAACCCCUCCCUGCGGUAGUACACCGUUUUAGUCACCUUGCAUAUGUUGACUGUAAUACAUUGACUGAAUUGGUAAUUUUCAGUAUUUCUCAGGAAUGUCUCUUGAGGUAUCAGUGAUUUAUGCACAUACACUGCAGAACAUGACAUGUUUUUAGCCAUUAUUCAUUAGUUGUGAAUGGUUGCUUUGUACAGCCCUGAAUAGAUGCAUUGUACUCCCACUUACCGGAGUUUGAUAUCUUUCAGAGAUAUGGCUUACAAUUGAAAGUCUUCUUUGUCUAUAAGUGUGCAGUGGCAUUCUGCCUACAGUUUAAUUGAUAGAGCCGCUUUACUUUU